AUGAACGAUAACAACCGGCGUUGUUCAGUUUAUGAUGUACUUGCUAACGAGAGGACGUGUCCACAGAUGACAGUUCCCAACACAAAAAUCACAUAUUUGCAGGCGUCCAUCCAAGUCCCAUUCCAGUCAGGAACGCUUGCGUUUUUGCAAUGUCCAUUCGGCGAAGUUUCAAAUGGCCCCACUUCUUCGCUGUGUCAGGAUGGUUUCUGGAACCAGCAGUUAUCACCAUGCAAAAGCAUACAAUCCGGUAAAGCAUGCGUUCCAUUGCCAAAAAUUCAUGACGGCCAGAUACUUUAUUUUCAAAGUUCAUUGUUUAUGCAAAAUGCAAUGGGUACAACGGCAACGUUGAUUUGCGAUAUUGGUUACACUGCAUCGGGAAGUUCAACUACGCAAUGUGAAAGCAGCGGUACUUGGAAACCACAGUUGGGCGUUUGUAAAAAUUUAGCACUAAUCACAUGUCCUGAUAUUUCUGUUAUCAACGGUACAAUUUCAUAUGGCUCAUUAACAACAAGCAAAGUUGGUAGCAUAGCAACAUUAAAGUGUAAUUUUGAUGCUGUGCCCACCGGGCAUUCGAUUGUUACAUGCAUGCCAAAUGGUUUGUGGUCCGCGCCGAUGGGUAAAUGUAUACCCAUUUGGUCGGGAAAUAAUCCAAACGAAGCGUUUCUACAAAAAUGUCCUCCAAUCAAAAGUGUUCAAAAUGGCUCAAUAUCUUAUGACGCUUUUCGUCCACGUUCCAAAGGUACAAUAGCGAUACUGUUUUGUGACAUUGGAUUUACACCAGUUGCCAAUGCGAUUAUUUUAUGUCAAGCAGAUGGACAGUGGAGUGAUGCGUUUGGAAGAUGUGAUUCACUGCUUUCAGCUAUGAAUCGAUGUCCUUUACUUGCUGUGCUCAACGGACAAAUAACAUAUGAUCCUUCAGUGCCCAGGCAUGUCGGUACAAUCGCAUACUUGGUUUGUAAUCCAGGCUUUUUUGUACGCAUUGGACCAACCACUUUGAUGUGUCAACCGGACCGUGCAUGGAAUGGUACCAUUAGAUGUAAUUUAGGUAAUUGCGAGCGCUUGAUAGAGCAAGCAAAUGAGCAAAUAAAUAAAUCAAAUAACGAGACUUACGUUCUUCAUCAAACUGCGAACUCUACUGAUGAAUACGGAUUCAGUAAUAGUAUGUAA